ACAACUUCGCCAACCUCAGAGCGGCUCAGGCUGUCGCGGACUCCACAUUCCACCGGGAUAAGCUCCUCCUGUGCGUGUGCGUGCCUCUAUCUCUUUCUUUCUCUCUCUCUCUCUCUCUCUCUCUCUCUCUCUCUCUCUCUCUCGUCCACCUACGGAGAGUGCGGGACCCCCGUGUCUCUCUCGCUCUCAUCUCACCCUCGCGAUAUCACCCAGCUGGACCACCCCCGUGAGAGCCGUCUACACAUAUUAUACGUCCACGUACCACACACACUCGCGCACGCAUACGGUACGCGCGCGCAAGCACGCCCGCACGCACUCGUCCACAUUGACACCACACCCCGAGUCGCUUUAAACAGCCGCCAACAUGUCUGACGACGAGGAACAAUACUCCAGCGAGGAGGAAGUCGAGGAAGUGUAAGCAGCCGGAGAAGAAGACCGAGGGUAGGGCGUCCCAAAAGGAAUCUGGCGAGAAUCCCGAGUUUAUGAAGAGGCAAGAACAGAAAAGAAGCGACCUCGACGAACAGCUCAAAGAAUACAUAGCGGAAUGGCGAAAGCAGAGAGCCAAGGAGGAAGAGGAGUUGAAGAGAUUAAAGGAGAAGCAAGCCAAGCGCAAGGUCACCCGUGCGGACGAGGAAAAGAGAUUGGCCCAGAAGAAGAAGGAGGAGGAGGAACGUCGCCAACGUGAAAUCGAGGAAAAGAAACAACGUGACAUUGAAGAGAAGAGAAGGCGCUUGGAGGAAUCGGAAAAGAAACGACAGGCUAUGAUGCAAGCAAUGAAAGACCAGAGCAAAGCAAAGGGUCCAAACUUCACUAUCACCAAGAAGGAUGCACUUGCGGGUAAUCUUACAUCGGCGCAACUUGAGCGUAACAAGACGAAAGAGCAGCUCGAAGAGGAGAAGAAGAUCUCCCUUAGCAUUCGCAUCAAGCCCUUGGAAAUCGAAGGACUGUCCAUUGAUAAGCUUCGUACUAAGGCUACCGAAUUGUGGGAGGCAAUAGUCAAACUUGAAACCGAAAAGUACGAUCUGGAGGAACGACAAAAGCGUCAGGAUUACGAUCUUAAAGAGCUGAAAGAACGUCAGAAGCAACAACUGAGGCACAAAGCCUUGAAGAAGGGUCUCGAUCCCGAGGCUUUAACCGGCAAAUACCCCCCGAAAAUCCAAGUCGCCUCGAAGUACGAGCGUCGCGUCGAUACCAGGUCCUACGAUGACAAGAAGAAGCUUUUCGAAGGCGGUCUGAACGAACAGCAGAAGGAGUUCAUGGAGAAGCAGUGGGCCCAACAGAAGGAACAAUUCAUGGGUCGUCAGAAGACGAAGUUACCUAAGUGGUUCGGUGAGCGACCGGGCAAGAAGCCUGGCGAUCCCGAGUCACCGGAGGGCGAGGAAGACGUGAAGGCCGCCGUCGACGACGAUCUCGAGGAGCCGCAGUUCGAAGAGGAGGAGGAGGAGGAGGUGAAGGAGGAGGGUGAGGAGGAGGAAGAAGAAGAGGAGGAAGAGGAGGAGGAGGAGGAGGAGGAGGAGGAAGAGGAGGAGGAGGAGGAGGAGGAAGAGGAGGAAUAAACCUUCUGGUCUCUUUGACGCGUACAUGGAAAGCGAGUAUCUCAAAAGUUUCAGAAAAUUAUCGUUGCACAGUCUCGUUAACACUAUUCGAACAAAGAGAUCGAGCGCAGUCAGUGGCCGGUAGUCGGUGGAAAUGCCUACAAUAUGUCGACCAACGUCAUUCAUCCACUUCCGGUAACCGCCGGGCUCCUCUUCGAGAUUCUCGAACGUCGAGGUGGGCGCGACGGAUGCUGCUUCUGUAGUGAACCAACUCUACUACCGCUACUGUCACUUGUACGGCCGCUACUGCUACUCUAUUAUUAUCUACUAUUAAACUACUACUACUCUUA